AUGGCUGCUGGUACGACCCUACAAAAGGCUAUCGAUUUAGUGACAAAAGCCACCGAAGAGGAUCGCAAUAAAAACUAUGCUGAGGCUUUGCGUUUAUAUGAACACGGCGUGGAGUAUUUUCUUCAUGCCAUUAAAUAUGAGGCCCAAGGUGAAAAGGCCAAAGAUUCUAUACGGGCCAAAUGUCUGCAAUAUUUAGAUCGUGCCGAAAAACUUAAGGAAUACCUGAAGAAGGGCAAAAAGAAGCCUGUCAAGGAGGGUGAUUCGAGUUCCAAAGAUGACAAAGACAAGAAAAGCGAUAGUGAUUCGGAUGGUGAAGAUCCCGAAAAGAAGAAGCUACAAAGUAAAUUGGAAGGUGCCAUUGUCAUUGAAAAACCACAUGUCAAAUGGUCAGAUGUUGCCGGCUUGGAUGCCGCCAAGGAGGCCUUAAAAGAAGCCGUCAUUUUACCCAUUAAAUUUCCACAUCUCUUCACCGGCAAACGUAUUCCCUGGAAGGGUAUUUUACUCUUCGGUCCACCCGGUACUGGUAAAUCAUAUUUGGCUAAAGCUGUUGCCACCGAAGCAAACAAUUCAACAUUCUUCUCCGUAUCAAGUUCGGAUUUAAUGUCCAAAUGGUUGGGUGAAUCUGAGAAAUUGGUUAAAAAUCUCUUCGAAUUGGCCCGUCAACAUAAGCCAUCAAUUAUAUUUAUCGAUGAAAUUGAUUCAAUGUGUUCGGCACGUUCGGACAACGAGAAUGAUAGUGUACGUCGUAUUAAGACAGAAUUUCUGGUACAAAUGCAAGGUGUUGGUAAUGAUACAGAUGGCAUUUUGGUAUUGGGUGCCACCAAUAUUCCAUGGGUUUUGGAUUCCGCUAUACGUCGACGUUUUGAGAAGCGUAUUUAUAUACCGCUGCCGGAGGCCCAUGCACGUUUGGUUAUGUUCAAAAUACAUUUGGGCAACACGACACAUGUCUUGACCGAAGAGAAUUUACGAGAAUUGGCUGGAAAAACUGAGGGUUAUUCAGGUGCUGAUAUCUCAAUUGUAGUACGCGAUGCUCUUAUGGAACCUGUACGCAAAGUACAAACCGCCACACAUUUUAAGCGCGUCACUGGUCCCUCACCUACAAACAAGGAAAUCAUAUGUGACGAUUUACUGGUACCCUGUUCCCCAGGCGAUGAUGGCGCCAUUGAAAUGAGCUGGGUCGAUGUGCCCGGUGACAAACUAUUUGAGCCACCUGUAACAAUGCGCGAUAUGUUGAAGUCAUUGUCACGCACGAAGCCCACGGUCAAUGAAGAUGAUUUAAUAAAACUGCGUAAAUUCACAGAGGACUUUGGCCAAGAAGGCUAAGCGCCGC